AUGGGUACAGGCAAGAAAGAAGCCAGCCGCCGAGAGCGGCAGGGCAAGGUUGGAGAUGGCAUGGCCAAUGUCAAGACGAAAGGUGAAAACUUUUAUCGCUCUGCGAAGAAAGUCCGCCACCUGAAUAUGUACAAAGAUGGCAAGGCUCGCCAUGACGCUCAAGGAAAUAUCACUCAGGCCGCCUCUUAUCAGUCCCAAGAGGUCCCUGUCGCGCGGAUAGAACCAAACCGGAAAUGGUUCGGCAAUACCCGAGUGAUUUCACAAGAAGCCUUGUCUUCGUUCCGGGAAGCCGUUGCAGAGAGAGCCUCGGACCCUUACCAAGUCCUCUUGAAGACCAACAAACUUCCUAUGAGCCUGAUCCGGGACGGUGACGGUGACACUGUCAAUGGUCUGAAGCAACAUCGCGCCAAGAUGGCAAUUGAAACAGCGCCUUUUGGCGAUACGUUCGGGCCCAAAGCCCAACGAAAACGGGUUAAACUAGACGUUGGCUCUUUGGAAGAUCUCGCCGGGGAAUCAGUCAAGAUGCAUGAUACUUACUUGGACAGACUUGACCAAGCCAAGUUAUUGAGCGGCAAUUCUGGGGCUGACGACGCCGAAGACAGUGGUGUUUUUGGUACCGCACGAGAGGCAGUCUUCUCCAAGGGCCAAAGCAAACGUAUUUGGAACGAGCUGUACAAGGUGAUUGAUUCUUCAGAUGUCGUCAUCCACGUACUCGAUGCCCGCGAUCCGGAUGGUACCAGAUGCAGAAGCAUUGAGAAGUAUAUCCGCGAAGAGGCGCCACACAAGCAUCUUAUAUUUGUGCUGAACAAAUGUGAUUUGGUGCCUACCAAAGUAGCUGCUGCGUGGGUGCGCUAUCUUUCAAAAGAUUAUCCGACACUUGCUUUCCAUGCGUCGAUCAACAAUUCCUUUGGCAAAGGAUCUCUGAUUCAAUUGCUACGCCAGUUUUCAUCGCUUCAUUCCGAUCGCAAGCAAAUAUCUGUUGGCUUUAUUGGCUAUCCUAACACCGGCAAAUCAUCGAUAAUCAACACUCUCCGAAAGAAGAAAGUCUGCACUGUCGCCCCUAUUCCGGGCGAGACAAAAGUCUGGCAAUAUAUUACGCUGAUGAAGAGAAUAUAUCUUAUUGAUUGCCCUGGAGUGGUGCCUCCAAGCAACAACGACAGCGAAGAGGACAUUCUUCUCCGAGGUGUCGUUAGGGUUGAAAAUGUUGAAAACCCUGAACAAUAUAUCCCAGCCGUAUUGAAGAGAGUGCAGCAACGACAUAUCGAGCGCACGUACGAGGUGAAGAAUUACGCCGACACCCUGGAUUUUUUGAGUAUACUCGCGCGAAAAGGAGGCAGACUUCUACGAGGAGGUGAACCGGACUUGGAUGGCGUUGCUAAGAUGGUUAUCAACGAUUUCCUCAGAGGAAAGAUCCCCUGGUUCACGCCUCCUCCGCACAGUAACGGCAAUGAAAAUGAAAAGAUUGAAGGCCGAGAAGGCCGCCUUGGAGAAAUGUCUCUUAAAAAGCGCAAAAGAGAAGCUUCCACGGCGGGCUCUAAAGCAGACGAGAACCAAAAGUCCGACGAAGCCAAUGGAGAAUCCAACGAAAGUGACGACGAUGACGAUGACUUUACAGGAUUCGGCAAUUCCGAUUCCGAGGGAGGGAUCAAUGUUGAGCUAGAUGAGGACGACGAGGAUAAGGAAGAAGAAGACGACGAAGAAAAAGAGGAUGACGCAUCCAACGCUGUUUGA